AAAGUAUAAAACCUAUGAGGCGGCCUCAGUGAGUCAGUGUGACACUACAAUCCAUCGAGUGAGGUAUAACUCUGAAGUACUGCUCAAGAUGGGUAUCACCGUGAGCGUGGAGAGCGGCACAAAAACCCAGGAGAACAAGGUUCAAACCUGUGAAAGCAUACAGGUGAACCCCACUACAACGAAGACUAUCACCAAGGAAGAGAAGGAGAUACAGCAUACCGCUACCACAAAGAAAAUGGAAAGCCUGCGUCUGCACAGAGGAGACUCGCCAUCUUGGUUUUGAAUUGGAUACAACGUUAGUGUAAUGGGAAGGAAUGUUCAUGCUCUAGAGGUUAAAAUUGGGCUGACACCUCUCAAAUAGGAGGUGAAAUUGUUGGACAUGCAUUCCUGCAUAACUUAAGAUAUCAGACGACUGGACAAGACAGCUCCAGGAACCUCAGAUUAGCUCUCUAGAUUUAUGUAUAAUUCUGGCCAGUGUUUUCAUAAAUUUAGUUAGUGAGGUUUUUCUGAGUAUGAUACAACUUAAUAUCCAGUCAAUAUGGUGAGUGAUAUUAAGAUAUAUUUUCCUUCUGUUAUGUAAUUGUGUAUAUACAUAACCAUUUAUUAUUUUUAAUAUACAGUCCACAAAUUUAUAUAUUUACCAGUAUUCCUGGUGUUUACCUGGAGAGGUGUAUGUAUAUUUCAUUUAAUUAAUAGGUCCAGAGCAACUUGUGGUUAUGACAGUGGUAGGUAUCGAAGGGGGACAUUUUUUGCGACCUAGGUGUCCCAAAUUCCUACUUGUCUAUGUAACAUUGAUAAAUAAUAAUUAUCUUUGUUAUCAUUUACUGUUAUGUACAUAAUUAGUUACAUUCAGAUAAAUGCAAUUUUCCAAAACUUUUGUGGAAAAUACUGUAUAUAUUUUCCAGAAAUUCAGUAUUUAUGUGUAAAUAGACGGCCUAUACUGUAUUUAAUAAUAUUUGUCAUAGAAAGUGGAAAGCCUGCGUCUGGGCAGGGGACUCGCCAUCUUGGUUUUUGAAUUUUGUACAAACGUUGGUGUAAUGGGAAGAAUUGUUCAUGCUCUAGAGGUUAAAAUUGUGUUGACACCUCUCAAAUAGGAGGUGAAAUUGGUGGAUGUGCAUUCCUGCAUAACUUGAGAUAUCAGACGACUGGACAAUACAGCUCCAGGAACCUCAGAUAAGCUCUCAAGAUUUGUGUGUAAUUCUGGCCAGCAUUAUUUUUAUAGAUUUAGUUAGAGUGAGGUUUUCUGAGUAUGAUACACAUUAAUCUCCAGUCAAAUUGGUGAGUGAUAUUAAGAUAUAUUUUCCUUCUGUUAUGUAAUUGUGUAUAUAUAUAACCAUUUAUUAUUUUUAAAAUACAGUCCACAAAUUUAUAUAUUUACCAGUAUUCCUGGUGUAUGUAUAUUUCACUUAAUUAAUAGGUCCAGAGCAACUUAUGGAUAUGACAGUGGUAGGUAUCGAAGGGGGACAUUUUUGCUACCUAGGUGUCCCAAAUUCCUACUUGUCUAUGUAACAUUGAUAAAUAAUAAUUAUCUUUGUUAUCAUUUACUGUUAUGUACAUAAUUAGUUACAUUCAGAUAAAUGCAAUUUUCCACAUUUAAUUUGCCCAUUGGUCCUUCGAACCGGAUGCAAUUAGUGAAGUCAUUAAUUAGUUAAUUACUUAAUAAUUAUAUGUGAAAUGACAGAAGGAGGUGGAUGUUAAGUUCACAAAUUUACAUAAUGUGUAGUGGAUUAUAAUUAUUCCAAUAUUAAUUUUGAUAAGUCAAGUCUGGCUAAGUUUAUAUUAAUUGUAUAUUAAUUUGAUAAGACAAUUCUGGCCAAGAUUUACAUCAGUGUAUGAGUAAUUGAUAAGAAAAGUGUGUCUAAAGAUUAUAUUGUGUAUAAUAAUUUUGCUAUGCCAAAUUCUGGCAAGGAUUUAUUAAUUUGUAUAAUAUUAAUUUUGAUGAGCCAAGUUUGUAUUAAUGUACAUUUAAAAUUUAUAUUACAAUUUUUUACAUGUAAUUGCUGAGCUCAAGUAGCUGGGAUUUAUUCAAAGGUAGGUUGUGUCAGUGUUAUUGAUUGGGUUGAAUUUAAUACAUUGCAUCAUGGCUGAAAAUGAGGAAAUUGAUGUAGAAGACAAGCAUAUGGAAUAUAGAAUAAAGAAAGCAUCAGUACAGGCUAGGAAAGUUCAUGUAACAAAGGCAUAUAAUAAGUUCUUGGAAUUAAUGAAUCAAGAAACUGUGAAUACUGAUGAUUUAAAAUUGUAUUUAGAUGCUUUAGGUAAUAGAUAUGAUUCAUGCAAAUUAUAUUACAACAAAUAUGAAGGAGAUUUGUUAGUAAACUGUGUAGAUGAGACUGAAGUAGAUCAGUAUUAUGAAUUAGAGGAAAAGAUCCUUUCUUGUAAAAGUCAGGCCUUGAAUAAAUUAAAAUGUGUAAACCAGGCAGUUAAUCAGUCUGCUCCAACAAAACUCCCAGAAUUAUGUUUACCUGUGUUUAAUCCUGGAGAAAAUUGGGAGGAGUUUUGGUCAAUUUUUAAAGCAGCUCUUCAUGAUAGGAGUGACCUAGGCUGUGUAACUAAAUUAUUUUAUCUCAAAGGAGAGGUAAGAGGAGAUGCUCACAUACUGAUACAAGCCUUUCCCAAUGUAGAUGACUCUUACAAGGAAGCAGUUGACUUGUUGAAGGUCACUUAUGAUAAUAUAGAACAAAGUAGGUUGGAUCUAGUGAAUAUCAUUGUUAAUUUAAAAUCUCCAGAUCACACUUACAAAGGUUUACAGCAGUUUAGAGUUAAACUGGAGAGCACUCUCAAAACUUUAAGUAAUAAAUAUAAUCUGAAGGAAUCAGACUGGUUAUUGAGUGCCAUAGUACAGAAUAAAUUAAGCUGUAAAACACUUGAAUGGCUCUCAAACAAAUAUCACAAGGGUUAUUUUGGUCUGGAGGAAAUAAGACUAGAUCUACAAGAAUUAAUUGUGCAGUUGCAGACCAGCCAACUAACUCAUUUUAAAGAUGCAACACAUAAUAACUCUGAGGUAUCUGUCAAGUUUCACAAAGGGAGAAAUUAUCCCAAUAGUAAUAAUCAAAAUUCGUUUCCUAAAAAGAGUUGCAUAGGUGCAUAUCAAGUAGCAGGAAUCAGAAAUAAUGAUUCUCCACCAUGUAAGAAGAAUAAGUACCCUCCUAAGAGUAGCCCAGUUAAUAAGAAACCAGUCAGAGAAAAGAGAGAUUGUCUUUUCUGCAAGAGUACUCAUUCAUCUAAGAAUUGCAAUGCAUACAAUUCAUGGAAUGAUAAAGUUGAAAGAUUGGAGGAACUUGACAGAUGUAUCACGUGUUUGGGUAAUCACAAUGUAAAGGAUUGUUAUGCCAAAUUAAACUUCUGUUAUCAAUGUCACAAAGGAAGACACCAUAUAGUCAUGUGUAAGGGCCUAUAUGUUAAUGUUGAUAAUAAUGAUAAUGUUGACAAUCCUGACUCAACAGUAGCUAAUGUAAAAAUUGCUGCUAAUGUUAAUAAUGAUGAUUUUGUUGAAGUAGCCUUGCCUGUGUUACAGGUAAAAAUUGAUGAUAAAAGGCAUAAAUCAAAAAAUGUAAAUACAUUAUUGGACCAGGGAUCCCAGCGUACUUUCAUAAAACGUAAAUGUCUUGAUGGUAUGAAAGUACAGAUGGGAGAUCCCACAACUUUAAAAUUAUCUGCUUUUCUCUCGGAUAAAAGGCCUCAAUUGUAUGACACUGUUUAUGUAACUGUCAGGUUGGGCAAUGAGAAAAAACGUGUUAAUGCAGUAAUUGUAGAUAGACUUCCAGAGAAAUAUCUACAGAGGCUUAGUAAAGCUACAGAAAGACUCUCACAUAAUGUAAAUUAG